AUGAUUGAUGCUUUUGAUGCAAUCCUAAAGCGAUGCCGCGACCCAGAGCUUGCAAGGCAACUCCUGCAUAUCAUCCUUGCGGCAAAAGAGCCUUUGGCGGUUGAUGACAUGAGAAUAGCUACAGCUCUUGCCUGCGAUCUUGAAUAUCGCUCAUACGAAGAAAUUGGGGUCGAAAGGUCCGACGUCUUUGAAAUGAGAAUCAAAAAUAUUUGCGGUCUUCUGGUCACUGUUGACGGUGGCUCAGUGUUUCUCAUCCACCAAACAGCCAAGGAAUUUUUGAUCAACGAGGACAACAUGAGUCGAGCCAGUGGAACUUGGAAAUUUAGUUUUAAUCCUCUAGACUCGGAAAUGCUGAUCGCAAAGAUCUGCAUCGCUCUGCUUUCUUUCACUUGCUUCUCCGAAACUCCACUCGUGGUUGAAAACGAGGAUGCUGAUGAAGCUGCCAAGCGAGUCUCUGAAUAUACUAAGGAUCACGCAUUCUUAGAGUAUGCAGCGAUAAAUUGGAUGGAACACAGCAAAGAGGCCAAAUUCGAUGACAACUCAAAAUGGAUGACAUCAAUCUUGUCUCUUUGCAGUGUGGAUAGUCCGAUGUUCAGGACAUGGUACACAAUUCACCAACGAUCAGACAAAAGCUAUCUCCCUUCAAAGACAACAAGCUUGAAUCUCGCCACUGAAUUCGAUUUUCCGAAUGUUCUUGCUUCUCUUCUAGAGCGUGGCGAGGACCCGAAUGAGCCUGAUGGCCACGGGGCAACGCUGCUCGCGCGAUCUGUAGGACAAUCUAAAAGGGCCUUCCAGCUCCUUAUACAGGCCAAAGCAGACAUCAACGGCCAAGAAUGGUUGGAGCCGUGGCACAAUGAAAUUGACGAUACAGGCAGCGAAAUUGAAAUCCGGCCUAUUUCGGGUACCCCUCUUGUCAUAGCUGCCCUUAAAGUUGAUGCUGAAAUGGUCAAACAUCUCAUCGAUUGUGGAGCCACGAUAGACUUUCCUCCAUAUGGCACCAUGACGCCGCUUUAUGCAGCGCUCGUCAGUUACACUGCUGAUUCAGACUCUAAAGAGAUUAUCCACCUGCUGCUUCAUCGUGGGGCGAAUGUUUGUUUCGAAAUGAAGGAUGAUACCCAUCCGAUGGUGAAAACAGCUCUUCAUUGCGCGGCCACCAUGAUCGACCUGUCAAUAUUACAGGCGCUUCUUGGCUCGGAAACUGCAGAUGUAAACUUUCAGCUUCGGGAAUUACCGAGCGAGACUCAAGUGGAAGACCAAGAUUCCUCUGAAAGCCGAUUGGGUCAUGACGAGCCAAACAUCUCGAGAAAUACGUGCAGUCUAUCGCAAGACUCCAAGAGCAAAAGUAGCACCAGUGAGUGUAGUGGAAAUGCACACUCGGAUGCACACUCAGAUGCAGAUGGUGACAAUAGUGAUGACACCAUUAUAUCUGAAAAUGAGAGUUGCGACGAUAAUAACUCCCGCUCCAGAUCCGGUCACUAUAACGGUCGAUCAGACUCAUCUGAUUCGGAGGACCGUUUUCGAUUUAUGAUAGGGGCCACUCCUUUACAUCUUGCAGCUAGGAAGGGACUCAUGGAUAAUGUCAGGGUUCUGCUGGAGCACGGAGCUGAUCCGCAUAUCAAAAAUGCUGAUGGCUAUACAGCCUUGGACUUUGUUCUUGACUUACAGUCUGUUGGCGGCAGUUCUGACCCUGAGAUCGUGGCUUCUGCCAAAAAGAAACUCAUAGAACUGCUUGAACCAUACGACGAGAGCCUUUCAGAUGGUAAAAAUCCAGUUCCUAUAGUUACUUUUUCUGUUGAUGGCUAA